ACACACUCUACGGCGGCGCUGGUCUUGCCAUCUCGGAACCGAAACGCGAACUAAAAGCUACUACGAUUCGCGAACUGGCUUGUGGCGGCGCAUACUAAUUUGAUGAGCGCGUUCAGUCCGGCAUCGUUCGUGUGGGUGUGACACCUUGGAGAUGUGCCGCGUUACUCAUUGCGUCGACGUGAGAAAUAUACGUUACGUCAACCGCCGGAAUUGGACGGAAGAAGAGAAAUCCCGACACCGAUGAAACCCGACGAACCCGAGCAACGUUUACGGCGCGCUCUGUAAGUGCAUCUUGAAGCACCUGCUCAUGUUUGGACACAGUUCCGCGUAUCUAGCAGCCCGAUCGACGUUUUAACGAUGUUAAACCAUGCUUCACAACCUAACCUAUCCUUUCGUAAUAGUAAUCGCGUGCCGUAGUGCAACUAGAAGCUGAAGAAAACGGUCAUUUUUACCGGGUCCGUAGCACAGUCCUCCAUCGCUGCCCCGAGGAGGUGCCCAUCUUCAGAGAACUAUGGCUGCGUCCUACUUUUGCCUCACUCUGGACGGCGUCGUCGACCGGGAGUGCAUCACCAAUUUGGGAACAUGCAUUCUAAACUCCGUCCUAGUGUUCAUCGUCUUCAUCGCCGCCAUCCUCAUGUGCUCGGAAAGUUCAAGCGGCAAGAGACGUGGUGGGGUUCGUUUCCAAGAGCACAACUCCCGGUGGAUACUGACUUUCUGCGCGGCUGCCAUCCACCUCUUCGAGCUGGCCGACGGCGUCAUGGUGCUGGUCAGACGGCAUGAGACUCGGCAGAACCUCCAUCCGAUGCUCGGUGCCGUGACCUCCCUGGUGACGGUGGUAGUGGCCAUCUACUUUUACCACAAGGUCGAGGAACAGGGCAAGGCAAGGAGGCUCUCCGCCCUCCUCGUCUUCUGGCCUUGCAUCGUCGCCCUGAAGACGGCAAAGCUCGUGGUUCUUUACGAGAAGGGACUUGGCGCCAAGCACGUUACACUGCAGACGACCUGGGCGGGGGUCGUGGUCUACACGGCCAUUUUCAUUCUCGAGCUGUCCAUCUUCGCACAAAAGGUAAAGAAGAGGGUGCUUUGCUGCGUUUUGCUUGUGUUGAAACCAGCUGCCACUACACCAAACGGCUGCAACGUUGUGACAGGGUAUUUAAUUUCAUUUUGUGGGCAUACUGCUGUAUACUUGGAAUAUGACCGAACCAAUUAUCAAGGACCUAACCGAUAA